AUGCACAAUAACUCUCCCUCACGUGUGGAUAAUCACGAUCUGGAAACUCAACCACUGUUAAGAUCAAACACCCAAGAAAGCCAACUUCUCAACGAUGAAGUGAGAAUCAAUGUAGUAAAUGAGACGAUUAUUGGGUAUCGUAGGAGGAGCAUCAAGCGUUUGAUUAUUUACCUACUAGGUAUUACAUUUCUAAGUUUGUUUGGUGUAAGGAUAGUUCAAUAUAUUAGGGGACAGGUGCCGCCCACAGAAGAGAUAGAGAAAAGUUUAGCUCAGGUGACAAAAUUUAAACUAGUGGAGUUUCGGCUUGACGGUUGGAAAGAUAAUAUGCAAUCUAAUCUAAAUAAUGAUACGGGGAAGUAUCUACAAGUGAGUAUACACUCCCAAAUUUGGUUUGAUUAUAAUCAAUGGCCCGGAGCAGCAAACGAUUCGGCCAUCAGUAGCCAACGUGACUGGAUACAAUAUAUUAAUGAGAAGGUUCUUAAAACCAUUUGCAUAGAUUUGAAAAAUGUGACCACGUUCGACGGAGAUGUAAUAUUCAAGGAUAAACUGGGAGAUGUUGUUGGUAUGGACCCCAUCUGUCUUGACCUAGCCCACCAGAAAAUUAACGAUUUGCAAUUCAAAGUUCUUAUCAAACCGUCUAUUUGGAAGAUCGUGAAAGUGUUGAAAAAAUUCUGGAAUGGCGAUUUUGAUUCGUUGAAUUUAAAAUCAAAUUUAGACAUGAUUAUCUUCAAGAAAAAAUUUGGCUUGCGGCUUAAUUUACUAAAACUUGAUGGUGAAAUCUUGAAUUGGAAAGAUAUCGUUGACUGGGAAAAAAUAGCAGCAACUCCGCUUCAAAUGGUUCAAAAUAUGAUCGAUGCGAUUUCUCUUCAAGGUUUUACAUUAAGAGAUUCGGACUCUGAUGGAUUUCAUGCUAAUAUGAAACUGAAUCCAAUCACGAUUCUUAAAGGGCUAGAUUGGCUUCACCUUCCGCCAGGCGCGUCAAUCCCUUUCAUCAAUUGGGAAGUCAAACUACCGGGUUGUGACGGGGAGCCUGCUAUCGCGAUUCCAUCGUUGUCUUGCUUUAAUGAACCGAUCGGUUUGUACCAUAACAAGGAUAAUAUCGUGGUCUGUUUCCAGAAUGAAAUCGAAGGUCCUCUGCCCAAUGAACUAUUAUACGAAGAAUGUCCUCACAACAGUCUUACACCAAUGAGCCAAAUCGUCAACGCCGUCCUAAAUCAGAACGAGACCGUUACAUUUGCAGCAAGAGGUCAUGUCAUCGAAGAUGGCAUAGACAAUGAUUCAUUGAUUCCUGUCGACAUUCUCGAGGACAUUUUCCAGGAAAUAUCAUAUAUUCCUAUGACUACCAACGCUACAUUCAAUUCCAGUGAACUGAUUCAAGAAUUUCAGAUUAACGACCUUCAAUUACGAUGGGGGAGGCGCAAAAAACUCAGUCUUGUAGGAACAUUCUUGGGGUUUUUUGACUUAUCCUUCUAUGAGACACACCAGCGUGACCGAGUUCGCAUUGAUACCAUUCGGGGACAAAUUGAUCUGUACCAUAACGACAUCAAUUUCCUAAAUCUACCCAUGAAGCAAUGGGUCAACUCUACAUCACACAUUCUGCAUGAUCAGGAUACGGGGGACACCCAGAUGAAACUACAGUUCGAUCUAGAGAAUGAAGAUAUGGAAGUUGUCGACAGCAUGGAACUAACACGUACUCUGAAUGAAAUAUUAUUCCAGGGUUUCACGGCUAUCCACUUUAACGCGACAAUUGAUGCGUCACUCACGACGGCGUUGGGCCCCUGGGUUCUUACCGGGUUAACCGGAGAGGGUGACACUCUGGUCACGUGA